GGGCGGCCUGAUUACUUGAUCGGCCAGAAAACCGUACUCUAACCGAGCCCACUUCCUUCAACCGGUCCCGAAGCUCUUCGCAAGCGACGCCCAGCUCGUUCAUAACCAUUUCCUCUCUGCUCAAAAGAUGAACAAUUCCCAGGCAAUCUGUUUCCAUUUCGCAUCUUCCAAAGCCAUUCUCCACCGCCAUAUCCAGUCCCCAUUUGAUAGCCAAGCAUUCAGCCAAAUCAGGAGGCCACUGAGUUCGGCAUCGUCGCACUGCAGCGAAGCAGAACGAUUUGCUCUUGUCGCGGAUUACCAUUCCAAAACCGGAUCCCUGAUCUUCAAAACAAGCCGCAUCGACAUUCACCUUGAAAUCAGCUGCCUGUGGGGGUUCCUAGUGAUGAACCAGAGAGCCGCAAGGAAGUGACUAAUUUGAUCCUCAGGGGUCGAUUCUUGAAUCUCGGCCAUCCAUUGCU